GCGCAAUGCUGGGUUCCCACUUGCUAUGGAAGGGGGCAAGGAUAGUUGGCAUGGCGGGCAGGGGCAGUGCCAUGGCGGCGAGAAGGACGCACAUACCUGUUCCUCUACAUCCACGACGUCCCUCUGCUCCUCGCGCGCAUUCUCUCUCCAGCUCGGCGCAAGGCUCGCCUGCUCCGUGGCUUCUGAGGGGGUCGGCGGGGGGCUGGAAGAGCGUGGAGGAGUUGGAUGCGAAGCUUGCGGAGCUUGUCUGUACCAGGCACGCCAUGGACAUGAACCUUCGGAUCAACGACAUGCUGUCUAGGGGCGACAUUUCGUUCCUGGGGACGGAAUCCUCGGUCGAGUUUCGCCGACUGUCUGGCAUGGUGGAGGUCCUGCAGUUCGA